AUGGAAGAUAACGAACCAAUCAACCUUUAUGAUCAGUUGGAAAGUUGGGCAAAUCAAGAAAACAGAGACCUUCAUGCAGAAAUUCAGAAAGACUCGUCAGAGCUCCAAGGAGUUAAAGCCGAAUGCCAAGAAUUAAACGAGCGUGUAAACAUUCUUCGUGAACACCUCAAAAACGUUCAAGCAGAAGUUACCAAAACACAAGAACUCCUUACAGCUAAAAAUUCUCAAGUUGAAGAAGAAAAACAUCUUACACAACUUGUUUUACGAGAAAAAGGCAGAAUUGCUUCAGAAAUCGCAAAGAUAGAAGAAAAGAGAAAUGAUAUUCGCUCAAAAUGGGAAAAUGUACAAAGUAAAACGUUCCAAUCAGAAAAACGAAUGCAAACAUUCAGAGACGAGUACAAGUUGAAUCAGCAAGAACUUGAACAAUGGAUAACUAUCGCCAGACAGAAAGAAGAAGAUUUUAUUGUUCUUCAACGUUAUCAAACAAAAGAUGAGUCAAAGAUUCGCGAAAUGUUACUUGAAAUCGAGAAAUCUACAGGUAUUGUCGAAGCAAAGCGUUUGGAGCUCGAACAAGAAGUUACAGCAACAAGAGCUUUGCAAAUCCAAUUAGAUAUGACUGCAGAACAAUUUAGACAGCUCCACGAUGACCGUACACAGCUUCUUUCUCAAUGGGAAGCAACCAUGAAGCAGUUAAAUAACCUUCAUAGCAGAAUUGGAAUGAAUAACCAAUCUAUCAAAGAAAGAGAAGUCGAAGUCGAUCGUCUUCACCAGGAAGUUGCAGAAGAGAAGAAGAACCUCGACGCCGCUCAAACAGAAAACCAAAGUAUCGAGCGCCAGUUGACAAUUGGAGAUCAUAAGGUUUCACAACAGCACAAACAGUACGAAAAGGACUCAACCGAGCUUGCCGAAUUUAUUAAGACCGUUGAGACCCAGUGCCAUCAGCUAGAAAAGCUUGAAAGCGAUGAAGCAUUUUAUCGUGGUGAAAUCCAAGACUUCAAAGACAAAACAGCCCAAGAGAUCGCGAAGAGAGAAGAAUAUCUCAAGCGUCUGAAGCUCACAGAACAAGCAUUGGCCACUCAAUCAGAUGCAACUAAGGAUUUCAAUCAACAAUCCGAAAUUUUGACAUCAUAUCUUAAAGAACAGACAGUCAAUCUCAAGAAGAUCGACGCAGAAAUCGCCGCCGGCAAAGAUUCGAUUUUCAAAUUAUCCCAAGAUGUCUCCGAAGUUAAAAAGAAGCAGAAAGACUUAUUGGCGGAGAUGGAAGGUUCACAAACACGUGCAAAGAACCUCCAAUUGAAGAUCCAAGAGUUCGAUCGCGAGACUCAGAAGCAAAUGGAAUUAUUAUACAACUCAAACUUCCAGAUCCAACAAAUGGAACGAAAGAUCGCAAGAAUCGAAGGCGAACGUACAGAAGAAGAGAAGAUGGAACUUCAAGCACAGAUCGAACAACUCACAGACACAUUAACGAAGAAGCAAGAGAUCGAAAAGACACUUUCAUUGCAGUUACACCGAUUAGAAUUAGAUUUGCGCCAGACAGCACGAAAGAAAGAGAGUUUGAAAGAAUCGAAUCAACAAUUGGAAGUUAAAUUGAACGAGAUCCGGUUAGAUCAAGAUUCACUUGACAAGAGCACCGUUAAAUCACGCUCACAGAAAGAAGAAGUUCUUGUUCAAUUGAACAUGUUGCGUUUGCAAGUUGAGAAACUUACUGAACAAGUUAACAUGAAGAGUGAUGAACUCAUCAGUCUCGAGAACCGUCGUCAACAACUUCAGUUGAGUAUGGAAGAACGUGUUCUUGAGAUCGAUGCCCACAUUGCUGCAUUACGAACACAGUUGAAGACAGAAGAAGAAGCACGUCAUUUAGCCGGUAUCGAAUUGAAAGAACGUCAAAAACGUGCAGAAACAUUAGAAGCUAAAUACCAAGUCAUGAUGGGCAAAUACCAAGUCGAAGGCGAAGAAGUCAGUCAAUCAUAUCAUGUCAUCAAAUUCGCAAAAGAACGUGAAGAAGUUUCACGUCGUGGUGAUGAAUUAGAUGCAUUGAUUCGUAAGAAGACGAAAGAACUUCAACAACUUGAGAAAGCAAUGAACAAACUUAAUGCACAUAACACCGAUUUCCGUAAAGCAUUCACAAGUGUCACAGAGUCGGACAAUGACAUGGAACGCAAGAAAGUCUUAGAAGAACAAGUUCGUGUUGCACAACAACGUUUGAAUGCACGUCGUGCACAAGCAAACUCUAUUGCACAAGAGAAGAAAGAACGCGAGAAGACAUCACAAGAACAAGAAGCUGUUAUCGAGAAAAUGAAGAACAACAUCAUGAAACUUAAGCCAUCACUCGACCGCGCAGUUGCUGACAACACGGAACUUAAAGAGAAGAUCAAACGUGUUCAGAAAGUUAUCCAGAAAGCACGCGAAAAACACCGUACUGAGUUGAAUGUUCCUACCACAGCCAAAUAUCCAGAAACACUUCUUGAAAUGGAUAUCGAACUUCGCAUGGAGAAAGCUAAUGUUGAACUCUCAUUAGUUGAAUUGAAUCGCCUUGCAGAAUCUAAUUCAGAAGUUUUGUCUAAACUUCGAUUAGGUUUGACACAGAUGGGUAUUCCACUUAACUCACUUCCAGCACUUCAAUCGAACAACGAAGUUCCUUCUAUCAUUCCUAAAGGUGCACGAAUCAUCAAACCAGACACAGGCUCCGGUUCACGAACACCAUCAAGUAAUGGUUCUCGUUUAUCUAGCUACCGAAGUUCAGGCACCCCAAGUGUUCGAAGUGGCGCAGGUUCAGCAUUAUCAUCUGCAGGUUCACAUCGAUCUGUUGGCAGUCUGAAACAAGUCAAACUCGGAUAA